CUCGAGCACUGAGCUUCCUUCCAUGUCCGCACGUCAUCUCACCCUUUCCGUUCUCAACAAUCACCUUUCGUUUUGCUGGCUCCAGUACUCCCUGUCCGGCAUUGGAAUCUCUCCACGCGUACCUCACUCGUCACACAAGAACACAAACUAAAUCGACACCAUCACUAACGAGACAUCCGCGUGUUGUAGACUACCUUGUCAUUACCCUCGGCUCCGCUCGUUACACGCUCCCAACAUCGAUUUCUGCAUUACUGUCCUGCUAUACAUCAUUUCAACAUCCGAUACGCCAGCGACACUCCUUUGUACAUACUCUUGAGCUUGUCCUUUGUGAUAGCUCAUUUCCCGUGUCUAUAAAUUGGACAGCGGAGUCUUCAGGAGUGUUCAUCGUUGUGGAGAGCUUCGCAUGCGGUAAUCGCCUUCCCCAUGCCGCUAAACUUUUCGAACAAGGUCUUUCCACGUCGCAAAUCUUCUGGAAAUGUCCUUGACGAAGUACAACGCCCAACCUCCGACGGAUUCAGGGUUAUGAGCCAAGUAGAAGUGGAGAACAAGAAACAGCUCCAAGCAGCUGAGAAGGAAAGAAGGAGCCGGUCUGGUUUCUUUGGUACCAAGCCCCGUCAAGGAUCAGUAGAGGCUGAAGAAGAUAUUCGUGCUCGGAAUAGUUCUCUCUACGACAAUUCUUCCUCUUCAGCACGUUUCAGCUCAUCUUCCACGCUUCCUUCAUCGUCAGACAAAGAAAACUCGGACAAUAUCUUUGCUCCUACCAAGAUUUCCGAUUCGCGCACGUUUUCGCUUCGUGGAGCUGGCCGCACCUUCACAUUUGGGGGCAAGAGCUCAAAGCUAGAUUCAAUCAACGCAGCAAAGCCUUCGCCGCCUCCUCUGCCUCACAACAUACCUCUUCCGAAUCCACAAUUCAGGGAGAGAUCCAUGACGACGACUAGCUACGCUAGCACUGCACAACCACCCAAGAUUGAUUACAGAAUAGAGCAGGAUACUUCGGAAUUUGGAAGUGGCUUCGACAAUCUGUUUGAAGGACUAAGCAGUCCUCGGCCUGCACUAGACAAGCCUUUACCACCAGGGCCUGCUCAACGCACCGAAUCUGAGCCAGUCUUGGCCCUUCCCCCACGAGUCUUCACUUCUACUCGUCCAAACGCUCCUCCUGAUCCGGCUGAAAUCAACGCCAUUCGUCGAGACAACAAUCUGUCGCCCAGAUCCUGGUCUUCACAAGACAAUUUGAUAUCCUCUUCCUUAACUGACUCCCCUGUGGAAGAGCGAGCGCCACCGGUGCCUCCGCAUAGAGAUAUGAACAGUCCUAGGAUGCCUCCCGAGGCCAUUUCGCCGUCUUCCGACCGCUCCGACUCACCCUAUCGUCCAGUGCUCUCCACGUCUCAACAGAACUCAUAUCUUAGCCUACCAACGUCGUACACGCGCAAAGACAGCACAUCAUCUGAGCUUUCACCAAAGCACUCGUUUUCAUCCAUAUCUUCUCAGGAGGAACAUACUUUGACACGAGCACCAGUACCUGUGCGCAACACUGCUUUUAGCGACGGGGAUGAAUCCGUCGCUAGCGACGCCACGCCACGCGCAACAUCCCGGCGAGAUGCCGACGAUGAUGAUCUUGCUGCAUCUGCGGCCGCAGCAAUGUCCUUUGCUGAACGACCACCAGCCAACAAGGUCAUGAAUCAGGCUCAAUACAACAGCUACCGUCGCCAGCAAGAGAUGCGGGCCCCUAGCGUACAUAGCGAAUCAGAUACCGAGGAGGAUUACAACUACGACGAAGAAGAUGAGGCGGAGCGUCAGAGAGAAAUUGCGAAACAAAGACGGAAGCAAGAGGCCGCAAUGUCCGUCUACCGACAACGCAUGUCCAAAAUGACUGGGGAGAAGCCGAUGCAAGCCCCGUCAAUGAUUGCCGAGCAUCCAACGGCAGUCAAGAGUGACAGCGUUCCAACUGUCACGAUUGGUGACGAGUUUUCAGACGAGUUGGCUGACACACUUGGCGCGCUUGAUGGUACUACUCCGACCAGGAACGGGAUCAGUGGGAAGAGCUCGUCAAGUGGUGCCAGCGGUGAAGAGUCACCAGACGAGGACACCCCUCUUGGCAUUCUGAUGGCUCAUGGCUUUCCGAGCAAAACUCGACCUCCCACUAAAAUGUAUGGAGCAGGUACACCAGUCGUUGUACCGUCUGAUCGCCCGGUGUCUGCCGGAAAUCCGCGUGCUUCAAUGAUGCCCGGACCUGGAAAAAUACCUCCUUUUGCCCGUGGUCUGCCCCGGGAAGCGCCAAAUUACUUCGGCGAUGGACUCGUUCAGCCAUCAAAUCGGGAAUCUUUCGCAUUGAAUAAUCACGCUCCUGCUUCCGUCUACGGUGGCUCCAUGGCUGGCGAACAGCAACGAUCUACCACACUGAUCAAUGUUAUCGCCAACGAAGAACGUUCAAAAGCUAUGCGUCGUGGCAGUCCGAAUGCUCGAAAUGGCUUUGGUCCCAUGAUGCAGUCUAACCAAUCGAUGCCCAACUUUCAGGUGUCUCAAAAUAUGCAAAAUCUAGGCAACGGUAUGGACAUGAACGGCAUGAUGGGUAUGCAGGGGCCGGGUGGAAACAUGGAUCCAUCGUUUCAGUGGAAUCCCCAGGCUUUCUUUCAGCAUAUGGCCAUGCAGCAGCAGCAGAUGUUUGCAAUGACACAACAGAUGAUGGCGAUGGGAGGCAUGAAUGGCAUGAACCAACCCAUGACACCCAUGUCUGGGCCAAACGGAAUGCAGAACGGCUACCUGAAUCCUAGUAGUACAUAUGCUCCAAGCGUUGCCGGAAGACCUAUGUCUAUGGCACCCUCAAUCUCGAAUCGGACGAGUACAAUGGUAGGACGACCGCAGUCUACAUUUGGUCUUGAACCAAGUGCCCGCACGCAGAGCAUGGUCCGCCCACCGUCCACAUUCAAUCUUGGCUUGAACGUACCCUCUUCACGACAGAGCACCCUCAUGAGUGGUGCAAAUCCAAAUUACACCCCUUCCAUUGCGCCUUCUGAGCGUAGCACGGUUGGUAUGGCCAGCAGAUACCGACCCGUGAACACAUGCGUGAACGAAGGCGCUUCAGUGAUGUCUGGACAACUCAGUAAUCAUCAAUUGCAACACCAGCAACCUGGUCCAGCAAGUUCAGACAUUCAUACUAGGCAAAAGCCAGGGCGAGGCAAGGCCUUUCUGAAUGCCUUCAAACGCAACACACGGCACGAGGAUAUUGAAGAGGAAGACUGGUCUGACGUGGCUCAACGCAAGAGUCGGUUUCUAAAUCCGGACCGGAAGCACGAGCGGGACUUAAAAGACCUCUGGCCUCAGGACGCAUGAAAACAACACUCGGAUUGACCUCGGUUCGAAUAUUCACCCUAAUAAUCAAAAGCCUACUACAUUCUAAUCUGGCACCAUCUCAUUUAUGCUAAAACAACGCUCUCUACAUUACCGGCGGCCAUGCCAAUCUUUUCGAGAUCAAUGCGUUGGUCAAGGACGUAGAUACAAAAGAAUCACUGUCUCCUUCCGAUGACAGGAUAAAAGUCAAUUCGGAUCCAGAUCAUGCCACCU